AUGCCUCGUGUGCCUCGCAUCUACUCGGAUGUCUUCGACGAGCUCCUGACUGAGGACGUGGAGGAGCUGCUGGGCCGCUUCCAGCACUCAGGCUCCAUCAGGUACAAGGUGUUUGCAGGCAUCUGGAGGCACAUGUGCUUCUCGGACGUGUUCAGAGGCAUGCCCGGCCUGGCGGAGCUCAAGAGGUUCUGCAGGGUAACUCUGGCCACCGCCGUCAAGUACUUCCUGCCCCCGUUCAGCUACCAGAUCAGGGUGGGGGGCCUGUACCUCAUGUUCGCUUUCUACCACACGCAGCUCUGCAGCCCUCCUGUCAGGAUCAGGCUGGCUCUGAAGGACUGGGCUUGUGUUCAGAAGUUCCUCGAAGACUCUGCAGACUGCGGCCACCACGACGUGGUUUAUGUCUACCAGAAGCUCGCCGCGGCCAAAGCCUUCCACUUCACCGCCAUGCCGCACGUCCUCACCUUCCAGAAGCAGCGCACAGCCAAGACAGGCGCAGUGUGUGCGGAGUUUCUGGGCAGAGCGACCGCAGUGCGUGAGCUCAUGUGCGCAGACAUCCUGGAGGAGCUGAGCCACGUCCAGAGCAACUACGAGCAGCUGAAGGAGGCCUGCCCGGAGGUGAGAGGUCAGGCGGCCAUGACGCACCGGGACUUGGCCUCCCGCCUCAAAGGCUGCAUGUCGGAGUUCAUCAGCUGGCAGCAGAAGAGCUUCUCCUCUCAGGACAGCAAGGACGAGAAGGCAGGAGAUGGAGAGAAGGAGUCCAGCAGCAGCAGAGCCAGACUGCUGUCCUCCAUCAAGCACAAGAGCUACAGCAGCUUCCAGGAGGCGCCCAGGUCCCGGAGGCACCGGCAGGCGGAGACGGUGGAGUCGUCCGACCCCGGGGCGGAGCAGCCGCAGGAGCCCGCCACCGUGCACAAGAAGAAGCCUCCGUCUCUGCGGGCCCGGACCACCCAGAGCCUGGGGGAGAGCCGGGGGGACAGCAGGCUGCAUGCCUGGCUGCUGAGCGCCCCGGAGCAGCCGAGGCCCCCGGUGAGGAGGAGCAGCCAGGCCGCGCCCUGCAGAGCCUGA